AUGUCUACCACUGAUCUUGGCGAACAAUAUGAGAAGCUGACAACACCUGAAGAAGCACUUAAAUAUCUCGAAAAGACGUUCAAGGACCUGGCGGCUCCGACCGAACUCUCCUCGAGUUGUUACCAGAAUGGGGUAGGAGGAAAACAAAUCACCGAUGAGGAGUUGGAGAGCUUGAAGAAGAUGGACACUGAGAUUGAUACACUCGCACACGCUUUUGAGCACUACGCUGAAAGAUUCCACGAUCUGAUUGGUCAAUAUCAGCAGGACAGAGACAAAGACAAGUCUCGUGUCAGAACAAUGAGGUCCCAAUUGCUCGCUGCAGAGGAGGAACGGCCCAACCAGCUCUCGAACAAGGCAUUGAAUCGGCCAAGGAAUAUAUCGAAGGACUUGGAUAAAUGGCAUAAGAUGUCUUUAACAAGUGAUUCCAUGAGUGAUCGAGAGAAGGCUUACGAUGAUGGUAUAGCAAAGGCUAUCCGAUACAGGGAGAGAUAUGAUGAGUGCACCAGAAUUGUCUCCUUCUUCUCUUCUGAUUACCAACUGGCGGGUACUCUAGAUAAGACCUUGAAGCAAUGGCUAUCUGACGAAGAUUUGGUAAGAACAUGGGAGAGAAUGCAUCCUCCUCCUUGGAUCCCUGAAGAGUCAGAAGUGUCUCCCGAUUCCACCCAAGCUGGUGAAGAGGAAGUCACACAUAUCACUGGAUCCGGAAGUGCUGACCAACAAACACAAAUUGAGCAAGCUAUCUAG